UUUUUGUAACACCGGCCAGAAUCGACCUUGCCAAUCACCGCCAUGUCUCGCACAAAUGGACGCCCUGAGCCCGAAGUCAUCAUGAACUAUGUCGACGGUUUCUCGUACUCGAAGGGCAAAAUGGACGAGGCGUUUCGACCUGGGGGCAUUCUGGAGAAAGGCCCUGUCAAACCAGUCAAAGACGCAUCUGUUGCGGCGAUAAAAAAGGACGAUAUAGAUAUCAUUGUCAAUGAAUUCGAAUUGACACGAGCACAGGCGGAGAAAGUCUUGGUUCAACACCAGGGGAACGUCGUUGCUGCUUUGAAAGCACUGAUUACACUUUGAGAAUAUCCACCGGCACCAACCGCGAUGCCAGCCGCUCUUUUAUAGAGCACCCUUGCUGCCCAGCAGCUGGUGUCGACCGGGAACGUUCUUUACAAAUCGUGACGAACCGAGUAUCUUCGUAUGUGUCAUGAAUCAGGUAGCUCUAAACUCCUUGUUUACUUUUACGCUUACAAUAAAGAACUAUUGAGAGCUUGAUUCAUCUUUUUUGGUAAUACAUGCUGGUCUCCACCCAAUGUCCCGAGAUGUUAAGUAGGCGCCAAAAGCUUCUAAUCCGUUCAACCGACGUAAAUGGCACCACGUAUCUUUCAGAUUCUCAGCGCUUACUUCAAGUCCA